CUCCCUCCCAUUCUCCCCCCCCCCUCCCCGUUGCUUUCCUUUUCACGCCUCUUACCAUCCUGAUCCUUCAUUUUUAAAUUCUUUCCUGUCAAACACCCUCUGCUCCCUUCUCUUCUACUCCUGCUUCUUACAUAGGAUGAUCUGAUCUUCUCCCACUUCCCCCAACAAUCUCCUGCUGAAGCCCCCGAUCAUCGCUCCACCAUGAUCAGUGCCACUAAGCGCUGGUUCCGGCGCAAUCGCAAGGGCCUUGCAAUCGGAGCAGGCGUUAUCGGCGCGGGCUAUCUUGCCGGCCAAUAUGUACUGGGCAAGAUCUCGGAAGCAAGCGAGCGUAUGGGAAGUGAUCGUAUUGCUCGAGAGAACCUACGGAGACGCUUCGAACAGAACCAAACCGACUGUACCUACACUAUCCUAGCACUCUUACCCACUGCAGCGGAGGAUAUACUGGAGGCAUUGCCGGUCGAGGAGUUGACGAAAGAGCUACAAAAGAAGCGCGCGGAGCGGUUAGCUCGCCUCGGUACGGCGGAGGGGACAAGCUCUGAUCUAAGCUCAAUCUCGCCGAGUAUCACAGAUGAUGAUCGCCGAAGCCUCUCCAGCUUCCAGAGCGAUGGCUUUGUCCGCGCAAGUCAGCUAGGAGAAUCCACACUUGAGGGUGCCGCACCCUCGCCGUCGCCAAAGCGCAACAAGACUCAGUUGUGGAAUGAGGUUAAGAUCACCUCUAUCACUAGGUCCUUUACGCUGAUCUACACCCUAUCCUUACUGACUAUCUUCACUCGUAUUCAAUUGAACCUUCUCGGUCGUCGAAAUUACCUGUCUAGCGUGAUUUCUAUGGCCACACCCCCAGCGGAUGCAUCGACUAUCAGACUUGAAGAUCAUGAUGAUGAUGACCUUACACAGACUCUGGGUAAUGACUUCGAAACCAACCGGCGCUAUCUGGCCUUCAGUUGGUGGCUUCUUCACCGUGGCUGGAAGCAAUUGAUGGAGGAGGUGCAAUCCGCUGUGACGGAAGUAUUCGGGUCGUGCAACCCCAGAGAGGAUAUUUCGCGCGGCAAGCUGGCAGAAUUGACCCUGCAAGUCCGAAGGAAAGUGGAGGGGGAUACCGAGGAAGACAGAAAACACCGGAAGUGGCUAUCCUAUCUGCUUCCCCCGAGAGAGGAGGAGGAUCAUCUACUGGAAGAGUCUGGUGUUCUAGGAGUGACGGAACCCUCGACCCCUCAAACCACUGCGACACUACGGCACCUGUUGGACGAGACAGCUGACCUCAUUGACUCUCCGACAUUUACCCGCGUUGUCUUGCUUCUCAACAACGAGUGCUUCGAAACCUUGAUCCAGCAAUGCGCAGCCGAAGCUUUUAAAGCAUCGCACACGCCUGCCCCUCAGUCAUUCACUUCCGUUGCUACGGUCGUCCCUGGGGCAGUCAGCUCAGAACCGAAGACUAAGCUGGCAAACGUGCUAGCCGUAUUGGCUCGACAAGCCCAUGUGAUCGGUAACGGCACUGCGCCUCCCAACUUGUACCUUAAUGCCAUGGAACAAGGAGUUCGGGAGCUGGAAGCUUUUGCGGCCGUCGUGUACAGCUCCAACUUCGAUGCUGAGCUGCUCGAGUCUGAUGCGAAAACGCAGUCGAUGAGAUUGCCGGCAGAAGCAAGCUCCGACACGCCCUCUUCCCCUGGCCCCGUCAUGGUUGACACGGAGGACAUUGAGGACCAGGCUCUUCAAUCGAUGUCGAGUCUGACAGUUGCAGAUGACUCAACCUUCGAGACGGCGUGGGGCAAGGCUGUAGAGGAUCAACCCUCAACAGGACUAACUACAUGAAUUGGAGAGAUUCCCGCAUUCUACGAAGAUGUUGCUCCCUGAAUGAACAUUUAACGACCUUCCUCUACUAUAUAUACUCGCACGACCGGCGAUUAAGCAAAUACCACGAAUGUAUCUAUUCUCCUUGACAUGUCACUAGAACCGGAGAUGACUAGCGGAUAGAGGGCGGAAUAAUCUGGCGCUGAAAUUGGGCAAAUGUACGAUAUCGG